CCACGUGAUGCGCUGGGUGGUUCCUUCCUUCUAGAUGUCAUUCGUCGAACUUGCUCGACGACUCCACUCUACCUGGACACCACCGUCCGCUCAUCACUUAUUCUGACCACUUCAUAUACACUACAUAACAUCCCACAUUGUCAAUCCUGUGUAGCUGAGUUCAUGUGGCAACCAUGGAGCUCGAUCUUGGCCUAGACACUGAGGAACACGAGCCUACAGUCCUAGAGUAUGCGCGCUUCUAUGGACUAUGCAGGGACUAUUUACUCGAUAAGCCAGAUCUUGGAUCGAUCAUUUCUCCAUUGGACAAAGUUCUGGAACAAGAUCUUCGUGACCCACCUCAAGCACCCAUUCUCACUAAUAGCGCAACCGAGCUAAUCAAAGAGCGUCUCAAUAUCAACACUGAAGCAGCCUCUAUCUUGCGCUCGGUCGGUUCUAUUAAAUGCUUGGACGAUCAAGAAAAAGAAGACAUCUACCGCAGGCACCGUGUUUGUGAUCUGAAACAGGAGGUGCCCGUUCUGAAGACAGACCAUGAGCUUGACAUGUUGAGAUUUGGUAAUACAGCGACACCUGACCUUACUAAACUGAGAAUACCCCUAAAGCCUCUCGAUGAAGAGAAUGAUAAGGAUCUGGGUUGGCUGGACAAAUACACUACCUCCCCACUGGAGUGCGACCAACAAGUCAAGGCCGAGAAGUUGACAAUUUCAAAGGCGCAUAUGAGUUAUCUGCAGGGUGUGAUCAUAGAGAGCAGAAGAAUUCUCGAAGCUGAGAGCCCUGUGUACAAAAAGCCUCUGACGCCACCAUUGUUACCAGUGUCACCCCCCAUGACUCCCUAUGUCCCGUCGUCACCCGCAAAUCAUCUUCCUAUUCUAUCAGACAGCUCAGACUCAGUCAUGGCGGAGGUUAGAGCACUCGAGGAGCAGAUCAUGGGCGCAGACACGCUUGAACUCAGCGAGGAUAACGAUGGACAGAAAAUGCUGCUAAAUAUCACCAGAACUUCCAGUGACAUUCUGGUUGCUGAAGAGCCGAAUCUGUCAUCGAAGCGUAAAUUGGAACAGCUCUAUGUCGAACCACCUUUGACACCCCCAACAAAGAGGUUGAAGACUGUCAUAUUCUCAGACAUCCCGCAGUACAUCAGCGAUAUUCCACCAGUUUCUAUCGAAGAGGGGGAGAACACUGACCUGAGAAUUGAUCCCGAAAGUGUAAAGCAAAGUUGGGAACCAAUCGCCAAAGAAGCACAAUGGAGGGUCGAGAACGAGAGACUUUCCGCAGCUGAUACAACAAAACGGGUCGACAUCCCUUUCAUCGAAUUCAUCCCUCCAAUCGCACCUUGGGAUGAGUAUAAACAAAUCACUGGUGAAACUAGACUCGAGGGGUCAGAACUACAUUCCCAGACUAGGUUUUUGUCCCGUAUAAAUCGGAUAUAUCCAUCUGAAUCAUGGCAUGGCGUCUCCCGACUCAAUAGAGAGCUACCGAUUGAACCGUUUAAUCAGCGUCCUUCCAAAAUUGCCAUUGAAGAAAUGAUUCAUGGCCAAGAACAGCUGGACCUUAUUCUUAGUGAGAUAGCCUCAGAAGACAUUGUGGGAAGCUCAACAACUAUCUGGAAGAGAGAUGGUCUCCGUCUCCUCGAAUCGGACGACGAGGAUGAAAAGGAGGAGCUUGAACCCAUGAGACUACUGAUCAAAGGAAACACUGAAAUUUCGAUGGACGACAAGUGCCUUAACAGGGACGAAGUAGUCCUCUCUCGUAAGGCUCCCGAAUCCCCUGGUUCCUUAGCGAAAGUUCGCAUACCAGACAAUGCUCAGAUUAGGAGCAUUAGAGAAGAAGGGCCAAUCAAAAUCGAGAGCUCGGUUUCAUUUGAGAAAGCUCGAAAAAUCCGUCCAAAGAUUCACGACAAAUACACUAUGCAUGAGGAGUCGGAUGGAAGCCUCAUGUUCGGUGGAGGUGAAUGGUCUGCUACCAGUGCUCUGAAAAAUUUCAUGGCCAUACAAGGCAUCGAGAUAAAGGAAACAGAACCAAUGAAUGAGAAGCAGGCUAUUUCCAGCUCCUCGAAGGUACCUUCAAGUGUUGGCCGAAUUUCUUCGGCGGCAUCAAAGAGUGUUGCACAUACAAGAACUGUACCACAUACCAUCCACCAGCCUUCAAGCCCAAAGCUACCUGAAGUGCUCAAAACGUAUCCGUCGUGCUCGUUCGUUCUAUCAGCUUCACUUUUGAAACAACGUCACAUCUCCAAGCUCAUCGAAAGAUUGUACCCUAACGCUGACUUCAUCAGUCGAGAUUUCGAUUUGCCCUACGUCACGGCUGAAGAGGCAGAUAUGAUACUAUCCCCCUCUACAGGACUGAUAAUCACGACUCUCCAAGAAAUCAAGCAACGAGCGCUCCCAGGGCAACCAGAAAAUUCCAAAAUAAAAAUGCGCAUUGAGGAACUCCAGUCUCGUUACGAGCGGUUAGUGGUCCUAAUAGGCGAAGGUUUUGCUCGUCAAUUACUGGAAGGGUGCUCAGAGCGAGCGAUGGAUACUCGAGAUCUUGAUGCUAUAGAUCAUUUCAAGAAACAUACUUCGGCAAUGAAAUGUGAUAUCUCGACAGAGUUUGUGGCUGGUGGAAAUCUAGCUCUUGCUCAAGCAAUCACUGAAGAGAUGGCUAAGUACGGCUUGCCUGGCGGGUCGAAGGACAUUGGCGAUAUCAAAUUGCUACCUGACGAGACACAAUGGGAGAUAUUUCUCCGUCGGGCUGGUCUCAAUCCCUUCGCUGCGCAGGUGAUCCUCGCCUUGCUAAAAGAGCCGAUCGAGUACCCUGUUGCUCUGGCUUCCUCUCAAGGCUCUAUGGAGGAGAAUUCAAGCUCAUUCCCGCUGUUCGGGCUCCAGAGGUUCUUAAUGAUGUCUGGUCAGCAAAGGGUGCAGAGUUUCCAGGUACUGCUCGGUGGAAAGAGAGUCUUGCAAAAGGUUAACGCUUUGCUCGAUCAACAAUGGCUCAGUGCUGCCCAUAGUUUCCAUAUGUAA